GACAAUGACUCAUUCUGUGGUAGUUCGUGAAAAUGUGAAAUCCGAAUAUCGGAUCGUGCUCCGAAACACCUCGAUUUACGACGUGGCAGUGAAGAUUGUGAAUCCGAACGAAAGCCCAAAGCUUGAGCGUUACGAAUGCCUGGUUCUAUCCAAUAAGUACACGGAAGUCGCAAUCCUUGAAACACCGUCCAAAGCCGCUCUGCUCAGGAACAAGCCGGUCGAGAUCUACGCUAGGGCCAUCUACCCGUACAAUCGCAAAAACAUUCGCCAUUGGAUUGAAGGACACGUGUCGGACAAGCCACAUCAUCUCGUCCAGUCGCUCAAUUUUGUCGCCGACAAUGCAGAGUAUUCGGCGAAAACGCCAAGAAAUCAUGGAAAGUCUAGAGUUGGGUCAUUUCCGUUGUUCAAGGCAUUGUGCAAUCCGAAGACAAAGGUCGAGACGUUGGCACAUGGGGAGACAAAGUCUAAAUCUAGUGAAAUGAAAACUUAUGUAUCGAAUAAAAAUGUAUCUGAAUUUACAUACAUCAAUGAGAUAACUACAAUGAUAUUCUGA